CUGUUUGAUAAACUUGUUCCUUUGAUUUUGAAUGCAACAGCCAUGGCUCAAAGUGCCUUCGACCGCCGGCGGAUUAAUGGACCAGAAGAAAGCUUUCCGCCCUUGUUCGAUGAUGAUGAUGAGGAUAUCAAGCUAAAAACUCAGCGCAGUCGCGCACCUGGCGAUAUCAGGUCAAUAUUCCUCCAGCCAGGCCUAAUAAGCCAGGCCAAUGGAUCUGCAUACAUCGAGACAGAGAAAACUAAAAUUGCAUGCGCUGUGUAUGGACCGCGGCAGUCUAAGACUACUACCUACAGCGAAAAAGGUCGGUUGAACGUUGAAGUCAAGUUCACUCCCUUUUCGUGCACGCGUCGAAGGGCGCCGAUACGCGACGCUGAGGAUAGAUCACUUGCUGUAUCAAUACAUCAAGCAAUCGUAUCAUCAAUUCGCCUGGAGUUAUUCCCGAAGUCAACCAUUGAUGUUUUUAUCACGAUCAUCGAGAACGAUGGAAUUGAAGGCUGUAUCGCAUCUGGAUCGUUGGCUGCAAGCACUGCACUUGCUGAUGCGGGAAUUGAAAUGCUGGGGCUCGUUGCAUCAUGCUCUGCUGCUAUCAUUGGUGACAGCAUUCAACUUGAUCCUAGCGAGGCUGAAGCACGGGUGUCCAGCGGUACUGUGAUACUUGCUUGUAUGCCGGCUUUAGAUACUAUCACUAGCAUUUGGCAGUCGGGACAGAUGACCGCCGACAUGGCUUUGAAGUGCAUGGAACAAUGCCACGAACGGUGUAUUGACAUUCAUUCGAUAGUUGCGCAGUCUCUACUUGAACACAGGAAAACCAAUUGACAUUUGCUUUCGGUCCACGAGGUAUCUUGUAACUUUCCCACAUCAGCGUUGGCUUGGAACUUGCUUGCUGGAUGAACAUCAGAAUUCUCAGUUUUUCACUAGGGUGGUUCUAACUUCACAAACAAACUUCCAAGCCUGUCGCUUGUCGCAUGUAGCAACCACCGACACAGUGUGAACGAUACCCACCCGCCAGUGAUUGAUUUAUUUCUCCGCGAGGUCUUUGAUGCGCAAACGUGUUUUGCACAUGCAGUUGUUAGUUGUAUUUAAUAGACAACUUCAGAUAUAUCGCCUC